GAUAAUCAGUUAUUAGGCAGCACAUCACAACGGCACUUAGUUUUUACUUGGUAGACUUACAUUUGAUUGUAAAGUGACCUAGUUAGAAUUGGGUACGAUUGAAAUUAUCAUUAUAUCAUAAAACAGUGAUUUUAUAAACAUGAAUUCAAUGAUUUACCUGAUUUUUGUUGGUACACUUAUGAACAACAGCUUUAUUUCAGAAGCGAAAGCUCCAAAACAAUGCUGGGACGAAGAUAAGAAUCUCCCCCAUGAAACAAAUUGCAAACUGUAUUACAGGUGUGUUUACGGAAUCAAAGUAUUGAAGACGUGUCCCAACAGAAAACUAUUUAACCCUCAACUAGAAAACUGUGAUGACAGUUACAAUGUAGCUUGUGCUUCUCAAGAAAUUAGUCGAGAUGAAGAAGAGGAAAGAUUUUAUAGUUUUAAUGAACCAACAAAUACUGAGAAUGAAUGGGAUGGAAUAAAACCAAUCAGAUCUGCUGAAAGUAAUUCAGAAGCAAUAGUGACUUAUAUGGACUUGGUUGUUCCUAAUUUUCCAAACAAAUGUCCACAUAAAUCAGAUCCCUAUGAGGAAUCUACUCUGUUAGCUCAUGAAAAGUGGUGUAAUGCUUUUUACAAGUGCUCCAAUGGUGAAAAAUAUCUCAUGUAUUGUCCAGGUAUGCUGCAAUUUAAUCCAAAGGUACUUAGUUGUGAUUGGCCUGUGAAUGCUAGAUGCAUCGAGCAAGUACCAGCAACAAGUACUACUGAGGCUCCUAACGAGAAAACUAACAAAAACUAGGAUGUCAAACAAUUGUCAAGACAGAAUCACAGGAACACUUAUAAUCGUUAAAUAUUGUAAAUUUGUACUUUGGAACACAUUUUUCAACCCCUGCAAUAACAGAAGGUUACCUGAGGAAAUUACUAAAUGUAAUUAUGUAAAAAAGACUGAUUUUAUUACAGAUGCAACUGUUCAAUAUAUUUUUUCACUUCUUA